AUGGCGCGUAAGGUGCUCGGGGCGUUCAGUGUCUCCGUUCUCCCAGCGAUCGUCGCAGCCCAGGCGAGCGGGACGCUGCCCACCGCGUACACGCUCUCUGGAGCCUUCCCCACCUCUGUGUACGCCGCGUACUACAACGACCCGACCGCGACCACGGCCGAGCCCCAGCCUGUCAUCUCUGACCCCGUCACGCACGAAGUCUUUCCGUAUUGGCUGACGAACCCCGAGACGAUUCCGCAGCUUGACACGUACGAGGCGCACCCACUUCCCCCACCUGCCGCGGGCUCGCAACUGCUCCAGUAUGCGAUUCAGCAGAUCAGCACGAUCGCGAAUAGCUCCGUCUUCGCGGGCGACUCGUGCGCUGCGUGUCUGGCCGGGCUCGAGGUCGCCAAGUUCCUCGCGCUCGCCGCGCCGGAGCAGGGCCCGAACCUGGCCGUCGCGCUCUGCGAGGCGUUCGACUACUCGGACGACUGCGCGACGGAGUACGGCGUGUACACCCUGGGCACGCCGAUCACGCAGGUGAUCGCGUAUGCGGAUGUGGGUGGUUAUGAUGGCCAGGUUAUCUGCCAGCGGUACUUCAGCUCGUGCCCGGACCCAGGCACCAGCCCUCUGGACUUGACGAAUUGGUUCGCGAAGCCGAAGCCUAACCCGCUCCCGCCGCCCAAACAGCCCACGGGCGAGCGGCUCAAGGUGCUGCACAUGUCCGACCUGCACAUCGAUCCCCGGUACAUGAUCGGCGCCGAGGCCAACUGCACUGAUUACCUUUGCUGCCGUCCUGGCGUGUACAACUCGCACAGCCCGAACGCUGUCCCUGUGCUCACCGGAACCGAAGAGUACGGCUUCAACUUCACUAUCUACACCGGAGACCUGGUCUCGCACGACCCUGAACAAGAACUGUCCAGGGACUACGACCAUCUUGCAUCACUAUGGGAGAUUGAGGGCUGGCUCUCCGCGGAGACCGCCCAGCAAGCCCGCACGCACUAUUCUGCAUACUCCGUGCAGCCUCCAAGCGCUGAGGACGCCGGUGACCGUGGUACGUGCCAAAAUUUCCUACGAUGCAGACCCAGUUCUCAUGAUUGUCGGCGCAUCAGCAUGGAUCCUUGGCCACGUCCUACUGGCUGGGAUGGUACUAACGCCCUAAAGAACCGAGAACCUCUUGUGGAUCGUUACUCGCCCCACGUCAUCGCAGCUUCUUCUUUGAUCUACUACGCAAACAACGCCACCGAUAUCAUCUCAUGGAUCAUGCCCUCGGUGACCCCCCUGACGAACCUCAACUCCGGCUUCCGCAUGUACGAGGUCGAUUCCGGGACGUUCGAAGUCUUGGACUCCUACACCUGGUACGCUGACGUCAAUUCGUUCGGCGCCCUGGACGGGCAGACGGAGUUUGGGCCCACCUAUCAGCUCGAGUACAGUGCGCGCGAGGCGUACGGGCGAGCAUCGACGAUGGAAGCGAACUCGACGCUCGUUCAGCUCUUCAACACGUAUCAAGGGAAGAGUUCGGUCCAGUCGCCGGCCUGUACCGGCGAGUGCAUACCCGCGAAGAUCUGCUACAUGCGUAGCGGCAGUGCUUCUAUCGCCGCCACAAACUGUCCUUCUGGUUAUGGCUCUGUCCAGUAG